CGAAAGUCUUCACAGGUGCCAGGUCGAAUCUUCACACGACUUCACUUACGCCGUCUUACAGUAAAGAUCUGGAACAAUGGCCAUGGAUGGGCAGCCCAGCGCCGACGGCAUCGUUGUCUUUGACGACAACGAUACUCGCUUUUACACCGAGCUUCCAUCUGGCGAAGCCUUGUUGGUUGCUCGCGAUUGUGGAUGGGGCCUGGAAGAAUCAAAGAGAGCCCACGUGCUCCGUAUGCUGAAAAUAUUAAGAUUAUUAGAUCCCGGAACAUCAAUCCAGAAAUAUUUUUCUAUCCGUUUCGAUUUCCUUUGGGAGACCUACAACCAGAUUAUAUCCCAACGCGCGCCCAGCUACCAGUCCACUGCACCCUCAGUGUCCUAUCCCCCCCUCACGAGCAACAGAAGCACCGAUAGCAAAGCUAUAUUGCCUGAUGCGAAUCUUCCCAUAUUCCAACUAUCAGACCAUCCACCAGCAAGCCCCUCAUUCCCAUUGAUAACUAACACCACAAGGUCUACCGCGCUGCUGUCUACGCAGGAAGAAUGGGACCCGCUUGUCUUGGAUUCUGUUCACAAAGGUCUAACACAUGAUUCAUCAUAUACGGAAGCCAUCGUUCUGAAAUUGAAGAAAAUUCCAGUUGCUGAACGCGAAAUCCUCUUCAAUACACACCAUACCCCAAGCGAAGAUGAUUCUCCAACCACAUUCUCAUCAAGCGAUUCGCCAACACCUCAUCCGUCCCCCGCCGAUCUCAGAGUUCGGGAAACUUAUUGCUCGACUAAUGUGGAGUAUCCACCCUCCAGAAACACGAAAUAUUAUCUAGAGGUACCGGGAAUCACUUAUGCCCCCGCGAAUUCUUCGAAUUCCUCCCGCCAAGUGCCGCAUAGCCAAUCUUCACAAGCCAAGUCUGGUAAAAGGAAAUGUGUGAAGCACGGAGAGCAAAAUUCAUCUAGGGGAAAGUCUAAUAAGAAGGCCAAAUUUACAGGUGACGCUGAUGGUUCCGAUUCAGGCGGAGGAGCCGAUUCCAUCCUAACAGACAGAGUAAGGAAGUCUAAAAGUCGUUGGGCAUGUCCAUACAGUCUUGCAUUUAACUGUAUGAUUGAGAUUGCGAGAUUUAAAAGCUGCCGGCCUCCAGGCUCGUUGAAUAGACGAUCUCUUUGGAAGGAUCAUCUCAGGGAGUAUCAUUCUCCACAGGCGAGACUUUCAAACCCCACCGCGGACCACGCGCCAUUCUAUAUGGAUGAAAAUCAGUGGGAGAUGGUACAGGACCGAAUAGCCAAAGACAAAAUUCGUCCACGUCCAUAUGACGAGUGGUUCAAAAUCCAAAAGGAAUGCUUUCUUGAUGUCUGGCGUAUCAUCUUCCCAGAAGAAUGUCACGGCUAUAAUGCACCACUCUCCCCGUUUCACCCGGACAGAAAUUUGCUAGCCAAUACUGGCCCUCCAAUCGCUAUUUUACUUGACACAAUUCGCAAAGUGAAGGCGGAUGAGGCAGUUUCUACUGGCUCUAUCAGCGAUGUCCAAGACUUUCAUCCUACCAACGACCAGUACAUGGAGAUGAUGAAGGAUGCCUUGGCGAUCGUGAUCAAGAUGUCGCCCGGCGCUUCUCAAUGGAUAACCAAUGUUUCUUGCGAGGGGCUACAAGCAUCCGUGGCAGACCACAGCAACCAAGUCGCUUCACGAGCUGAAGCAGAGAAUGCGAGUUCCAAAUCUACCGUCUCAUCAGAACUGAGCUUAGGUUCAAGUUCGGGGUCAAACUCAUCAGAUGACACGAUCGAUCCAGGCGUGAUGAAAAUUCCCACCGUCAUCCCCCUUUUCCCUUUGGGGACCCAGAUCUCCCUCCAGGUGUUACCAAAUUGCCUCCUCAAUCUUAAUCAACAACCAGCACUGUUAGAAGUCAACACCCCGUUGGGCUUUUUUAUCAGCAAUAUGAGCCAAGCCCCGACAUUUAUGGCAGCUCCGAUUGUUCCUCCGUCGGCCGAAUUUGACCCCGACCACGAAUUUGUAGAUCCUAGUUUUCUCGCAGAAUCGACAGUAGGACAAACGCACUAUGGCAGUUUGGAGGAAUUAUGA